GACAGCUUUUGUUUGUGUACGUAGGUAUAUAAAGCAUCAUCGGUCUCUUGCGAAAUCAUUCGUGAAACAGUAAAGUAACUGUGUGGAACAAUGGCUUUCAAAGUGGUAGUAUUUGCGGCUUUUUUGGCUCUUGCCAGAGCUAGCGAAAUAAUUGCCCCAGUAGCACCGGUUUUGGCAAAAACUGUACUUAGCGCAGAAUUUGAUCCCCAUCCAAAAUACUCGUUCGGUUAUGGAGUAAGCGACCCACUCACUGGUGACUCGAAGAGCCAUGUUGAAUCCCGAGAUGGUGGUUUUGUUCAAGGACGAUACUCCCUCGAUGAAUCCGACGGCACGCAAAGAAUUGUGGACUACACCGCCGAUCCCAUCAAUGGAUUCAACGCCGUUGUCAACAAGGUCCCUCUCGCUAAAGCCAUUGUUGAAGCACCAAUUGCCGCCAAAACGAUUCUUCCUGUACCAGUUGCUCCAAUUGCCGCCAAAACCAUUCUCUCUGCACCAGUGGCUCCAAUUGCGGCCAAAACCGUUAUCUCUGCUCCAGUAGCUCGUCUUGCCCACAUUGCUGGCGCCCCAGCAGCACCUCUUGCUUACGGAUACCACGGAUACCACCCAUAUGCCGCUGCAGCUUACCCCUACUCUGUAUCAGGAAGCGUGUACCCAUACGGAGCCCACCUCGCCUACAACAACGUAGUACCCAAGAUCUACUACUAAAUUAUGUAAAAACCAAUAAGUUUAUGAGCAACUGUACAAUGUAAUUAUUUCUGUUAUUAAAUUUCACCUUUUUAAAUAA